AUGGCCUCUUUAAACGAAUAUACCGAUGAACAGCUGAACUAUUACAGAAUUUGCUAUGUAACCACUGAUAUUCUAGCGGAGGGUCUGAGAGAGAUAUUUAAACAAGAAUGGGACAAACUGUACAAAUCAACAACAGGAGAAUGGAAAGACGAGCUUCGUAAUGGAAUGGAGUUUUAUAACGGAGAGUCUCCUCGAAAUCAAAAAAGAAACGCUCAUCUUUUGGCAACUAUGAAAAACGGAAACAGAGUGGAAUGGGAUUGUACAAUGCUUUUUUACUCCAUCCUUUUCUCCGAUUGCGUCGGGACAGGUCUUAACGCACUGGUCAGAAAAAAUGUAAAUGAUCUACGAAAGUUCAGGAAUGAAGCAUUCGCUCACAUGCCACAAGGUAGUCUCUCUGAGAUAGAUUUUCAGAAUGCUAUUAGCAAAGUUGAUGUUGCGUUUCAAGCUCUUAGUCUUCCCACUGUAAAAAUUCAAAACCUAAAAUAUCAGAAAACAUUUCCAACAAAAGAAGUUGAUAAUCUGAAACAAGAAGUUCAAGAAAAAGAGAGUCAGCGCCAGGUCCUUGAAGAUCAGCUCCAAAAUAAAGCACCCUCAUUCUGUGUUCUCCCUCCUAAACCUUCGCAUGAAAUCGGUGGUCGUGAAAGUGAAGUAGCAAAAAUAGUCCAACAGCUGAGGGAACUAAAUGAGUCCGGUAACAACAGGUUGAGUUAUCUUUACAUCUCAGGGAAUCCUGGAAGCGGCAAAUCACAGCUAGCUGGCCUUGUAGCUGAGAGAUUCUUUGACGACCUCAAAGAAAUGCCAGGUGGGUCUUCAUUUGUAAUGACAUUAAAUGCUGCAAGUCCAGAUUCACUUCUGGAGUCGUAUGCCUCAUUUGCUCGCCACUUAAAGUGCCCAGACUAUUCAAUUGUGGAAACCCUCAGCUCAAAGGACUCGACUGUCGACGAAAAGAUCACUAGUCUUAAGAUGCUUGUCGCUGUAAAAAUUACCUGUUACUCGUCGUGGCUAUUGGUGGUUGACAAUGUCACUACCGUGUCAUCUGUGCAUGUCCAUUUACCACAGUUUAAUUCAAAGGCUUGGGAAAGAGGCCAUUUGCUCAUUACGACGCAGGACACAGCGUCAAUUCCCUCAAAAAGCUCUUUCGUUAAUCACAUUUCAGUAAGCCAAGGUAUGGAGCCCGAUGAUGCCCGUUCAUUAUUGUCUAAGCUUUCUGGUAUCCCAAAUAGCGAGCUAUUAGGAACAGUAGCACAAAGACUGGACUAUCAACCUCUUGCUUUAGCAGGCGCUGCCGUCUUUGUUAAAGAGAUUCGGCAGGACAAAGUAUCUACGCAUUUUGGGUGGGAGGAAUACCUGAAAAUCUUAGAAAAAGGAAAAAGAGAGAAAAUGGAGGAUAUACUUGUCGACACCAAUCCAAUUUAUCCAAAUUCAAUGACCAAAGCAAUAACGUUAGCCGUCGAAACACUGAUGAGAUCCGACAAAGUUCAAAAACACCUUUUCACUUUUCUUGCCCUCUGCGCUCCAAGGCCAUUAAACGUGGACAUAGCAGUUAGUUACAUCAUGAACGCACAUGAAGAGUUUGAUGAAGCGGACAAAGAAUUAAUUCGCAUGAGAUUAAAAAGAAGCUCACUUCUGCUGUUCCAAGAUGACGAGGGUGGCUCUUUUAUUGGACUUCACCAGGUUGUGCAUGAUGCUAUAAAAACUGUAGCAAAAGAGUCGGCAGAAAGCCAAACCGAUGAGGUCGUCAGUGGGGUCAUCACAUCAUUUAACGAAUUUAUCGUCGCAACUCCACCACAGGAUAAGCAACUAAACACCAGACACAUCGCUCCACAUUUGAAAGCUUUAAUUAUGGUAACUGACGAAGUGUUUUUGCGAGAUAAUUUCUUUCAAGUUCAUGAUAAGGAGAUUUCCGAAAAAUGCGAAAACCUUGGAGAUGUUUGUAAAAUGCACUGUGAAUUCGAAGAAGCAAAAACAUAUUUUCAAUAUUCACUCACUUUUAAGCUUCAAGAGCUCGGCCCGGAGCAUGUUGAUGUAGCAACAAGCUACAAUAACUUAGCUUUGAUUUACCAGGAUUUAGGUGACUUUAAGCAAGCCAAGGAGUAUCAGCAACGUGCUCUGGACAUUCAACUGGACAAGCUCGGCCCGGAUCAUGUUAAUGUUGCAAGAGACUACAAUAACUUAGCUUUGAUUUACAAGGAUUUAGGUGACUUUAAGCAAGCCAAGGAGUAUCAGCAACGUGCUCUGGACAUUGAACUGGACAAGCUCGGCCCGGAUCAUGUUAAUGUUGCAAGAGACUACAAUAACUUAGCUUUGAUUUACAAGGAUUUAGGUGACCUUGAGCAAGCCAAGGAGUAUCAGCAACGUGCUCUGGACAUUGAACUGGACAAGCUCGGCCCGGAUCAUGUUAAUGUUGCAAGAGACUACAAUAACUUAGCUUUGAUUUACCAGGAUUUAGGUGACUUUGAGCAAGCCAAGGAGUAUCAGCAACGUGCUCUGGACAUUGAACUGGACAAGCUCGGCCCGGAACAUGUUAAUGUUGCAAGAAACUACAAUAACUUAGCUUUGAUUUACCAGGAUUUAGGUGACUUUGAGCAAGCCAAGGAGUAUCAGCAACGUGCUCUGGACAUUGAACUGGACAAGCUCGGCCCGGAACAUGUUAAUGUUGCAAGAAACUACAAUAACUUAGCUUCGAUUUACAAGAAUUUAGGUGACUUUGAGCAAGCCAAGGAGUAUCAGCAACGUGCUCUGAACAUUGAACUGGACAAGCGCGGCCCGGAACAUGUUAAUGUUGCAAGAAACUACAAUAACUUAGCUUUGAUUUACCAGGAUUUAGGUGACUUUGAGCAAGCCAAGGAGUAUCAGCAACGUGCUCUGGACAUUGAACUGGACAAGCUCGGCCCGGAACAUGUUAAUUUUGCAAGAACCUACAAUAACUUAGCUUCGAUUUACAAGAAUUUAGGUGACCUUGAGCAAGCCAAGGAGUAUCAGCAACGUGCUCUGGACAUUGAACUGGACAAGCUCGGCCCGGAACAUGUUAAUGUUGCAAGAAACUACAAUAACUUAGCUUUGAUUUACCAGGAUUUAGGUGACUUUGAGCAAGCCAAGGAGUAUCAGCAACGUGCUCUGGACAUUGAACUGGACAAGCUCGGCCCGGAACAUGUUAAUGUUGCAACAAGGUAUAAUAACUUAGCUUCGAUUUACCAGGAUUUAGGUGACUUUGAGCAAGCCAAGGAGUAUCAUCAACGUGCUCUGGACAUUGAACUGGACAAGCUCGGCCCGGAACAUGUUAAUGUUGCAAGAAACUACAAUAACUUAGCUUCGAUUUACAAGAAUUUAGGUGACCUUGAGCAAGCCAAGGAGUAUCAGCAACGUGCUCUGGACAUUGAACUGGACAAGCUCGGCCCGGAACAUGUUAAUGUUGCAAGAAACUACAAUAACUUAGCUUUGAUUUACCAGGAUUUAGGUGACCUUGAGCAAGCCAAGGAGUAUCAGCAACGUGCUCUGGACAUUGAACUGGACAAGCUCGGCCCGGAACAUGUUAAUGUUGCAAGAAACUACAAUAACUUAGCUUCGAUUUACAAGAAUUUAGGUGACCUUGAGCAAGCCAAGGAGUAUCAGCAACGUGCUCUGGACAUUGAACUGGACAAGCUCGGCCCGGAACAUGUUAAUGUUGCAAGAAACUACAAUAACUUAGCUUUGAUUUACCAGGAUUUAGGUGACUUUGAGCAAGCCAAGGAGUAUCAGCAACGUGCUCUGGACAUUGAACUGGACAAGCUCGGCCCGGAGCAUGUUGAUGUUGCAACAAGUUAUAAUAAUUUAGUUUUGAUUUACAAGGAUUUAGGUGACUUUGAGCAAGCCAAGGAGUAUCAGCAACGUGCUCUGGACAUUGAACUGGACAAGCUCGGCCCGGAACAUGUUAAUGUUGCAACAAGUUAUAAUAACUUAGCUUUGAUUUACAAGGGUUUAGGUGACUUUGAGCAAGCCAAGGAGUAUCAGCAACGUGCUCUGGACAUUGAACUGGACAAGCUCGGCCCGGAACAUGUUAAUGUUGCAAGAAACUACAAUAACUUAGCUUCGAUUUACAAGAAUUUAGGUGACUUUGAGCAAGCCAAGGAGUAUCAGCAACGUGCUCUGGACAUUGAACUGGACAAGCUCGGCCCGGAACAUGUUAAUGUUGCAAGAAACUGCAAUAACUUAGCUUUGAUUUACCAGGAUUUAGGUGACUUUGAGCAAGCCAAGGAGUAUCAGCAACGUGCUCUGGACAUUGAACUGGACAAGCUCGGCCCGGAACAUGUUAAUGUUGCAACAAGGUAUAAUAACUUAGCUUCGAUUUACCAGGAUUUAGGUGACUUUGAGCAAGCCAAGGAGUAUCAGCAACGUGCUCUGGACAUUGAACUGGACAAGCUCGGCCCGGAACAUGUUAAUGUUGCAACAAGUUAUAAUAACUUAGCUUCGAUUUACCAUGAUUUAGGUGACUUUGAGCAAGCCAAGGAGUAUCAGCAACGUGCUCUGGACAUUCAACUGGACAAGCUCGGCCCGGAGCAUGUUGAUGUUGCAACAAGUUAUAAUAAUUUAGCUUUGAUUUACAAGGAUUUAGGUGACCUUGAGGAAGCCAAGGAGUAUCAGCAACGUGCUCUGGACAUUGAACUGGACAACCUCGGCCCGGAGCAUGUUAAUGUUGCAACAAGUUAUAAUAACUUAGCUUCGAUUUACAAGGAUUUAGGUGACUUUGAGCAGGCCAAGGAGUAUCAGCAACGUGCUCUGGACAUUGAACUGGACAAGCUCGGCCCGGAGCAUCUUAAUGUUGCAAGAAACUACAAUAACUUAGCUUUGAUUUACCAGGAUUUAGGUGACUUUGAGCAAGCCAAGGAGUAUCAGCAACGUGCUCUGGCCAUUAGAGCAGACAAGCACUGGCUCAACAAAUCACCAAAUAAG